AUGGCCCUUCCAUUAACGGCCACUGAGCUUCGUGGUAGUGGAAUUCAAUUUGUUUUUCAGUAUCUCGGAAGUGUACCUGUGACCGCGGCUUUGCACGAGAUGACAGCAGACAUGCGACCUCUUGUCGUGAAAGAGUGUAUCAAUAUGGUUGCUGCAGCGAUUGGACUUAUUCCACCACCUAAACCUAACGCUAUUAUGAAACCG